AUGGCUCAGCAUUGCCGAAUCUACGCAGCUCUAUCACCGAUGAUCUCCGAGAAUGAUACUGUAGUCUUGUCCGAUUCUGACUAUCUACCGUUUCAUCUGGAGCAGCAUUGGGAUGAUGGUGUCGAUCUCUUCCUGUACAAUCCGCUAUGCUGCGGCCAUGAGAAAAUAGUCAGCGUAUUACGGGAGAUUUUAGCCCCCUGCAACGUGAAAUAUGAAGAUGUCGUCUCGAUGGAACUGGAUAUUUAUAAGAAUUUCGCUAAAGAUAUUAAGGAAGCUUCUUACCAAAACGCGAACGGGUUGACAACUUUGCAUAGAAAUCGGAUGUGGUCCAGUGAUCAGACGUUGAUGUCCUAUCGGCUGUACACGUGGAAGAAAAACCAAGAUCGCGCCAUCCGAAUCGGCGAGUGGAACAGGGUCGGAAAUCGUCUGGAUCGAAUGAAGAUUUUGCAACUUGAUGCGAAAGCAAAUAUAUCUGAAGAGUACGUCGACGCUCACAUCUUUCGCCCAUUCGAUGAA